AUGCGUGUGGCCUUCAAGUUCCCAGGCGUGGAGGUUGAGGAGGAAGAGAAAGACAAGGAAAACAUCCCAGCACCUCAUAACGUCCCCCGUGGGGCCAUCGGUGGAGAAUUUGUCCCCACAGGAACUCGAGGUGCCUCAGGGUCCCAACCACAAAGGCUGGGACUGGAUCCAAAUUCUCCUGACCCCAGAGAGGCGGCGGUGGAGACAGCAACGUGGACUGACCCUGCAGAGGUCCUUACGGAGCCGGGUGCUGGAACAGUCCCGGUCUCCAUCACGGCGCUGAGGGCCCGGAGCAAGGCCAUGGUGUGCGGCAUCUGCAUGGACCGGGUGUAUGAGAAGCCGCUGCCAGAGGAGCGGCUCUUUGGGAUCCUCCCGAACUGCAGCCACACGUAUUGCGUGGGCUGCAUUCGCAAGUGGCGUCGCAGCCGGGACUUCCAGAGCACAGUCAUCAAGGCCUGCCCCGAGUGCCGAGUCACCUCCAGUUACUACAUCCCCCACAAAUACUGGGUCUCAGAUGUGGGCGAGAAGGAGAAGCUCAUUGAAACCUUCAAGGCGCGGACAGGGAAAAUCAGGUGCAAGUUCUUCGUCCGUAACCGCGGCCGCUGCCCGUUCAAGUCAGACUGCAUCUACCUGCACGAGCUGCCCGCUGGACGGCUGCCACAGCGCAGACAGCAGCGGCCGAGGAUGCCUGUCGAGCUCAGCCCCUCUCCUUCGGAGAGCUCUGACGAGGAGGACGAGGAGCUCUGCAUGCUUGAAUGGGCUCUCACCCUGGCACUGAUGGAGACAGACUUUCGGUACUCGAGUUACGGCCAUGAGAUGCUCUUCACGGACUUCAGUGACUCUGACUAA